CUAUAUCCUCUUCAACCAACCCAACCCAACCCAAUUACCCGAAUUACGGCACACCAAUAAAUUACCAAUGACCGACUCGAACUAGCAUCAACACCAACACCGACACCAACACCCACCAACCAAUAACCCCAAACGCAAACGCAAUGUUCACAACCCGCCUCCCCACAAGAACGCUCCCCAAAACCCUCGCCAGCAGAACAUUCACAACCCUCCCCAGAACUCUCCCAAGAGCCCUCCCCAAAAUCCACCAUGGCCCCCAACUCCUCCAGAGACGCCCUCUAACAACCCUCCAAAAACUCUCCCGCCACAUCUCCCAAUCCCGCAAAAACAUCCUCCGCAAAAACCCCAUCCUCUUCCCGCUCGCCCUCUUCUCCCUCGCAACAGCCACCGCCAUCUUCACCUACAUCGCCUACAUAGAAUACACCACCGUUGCGCCCCAAUAUCACAAGUUCCCGCCCCCGGUUGCCGACGCCCUCCGCACAGCCGUGUAUUAUACCGAAGUGGACCUGAACCCGCCCAAGGCGCUGCAGGCGUACAAGGAGGCGCUACGGGUGGCGAUUGAGAUGGGGGUGCAUCCGUUCUCGGAUGAGGUGGUGGGGAUUAAGUUGCAAGUUGCGCAUAUGCUUGAGAAGGCCGGGUUGGUGAAGGCUGCUGUGGAGGUUUUGGAGAGGACUAAGGGGGAGAUUUUGGGGUUUGUGGAGAAGGGAUCUAGUUCUAAGGGAUCUGGGUCUAAGGGGUUGGUGCAGAAGGGGGGUUCUGAAGGCGGGGAGGGAGAUUUGGAGGAGAAGAAGAAGCAGCAAGAAAUGGCGGAGUAUGAGGAUCGGCAGCGGGACAGGGUGCUGAAGAAGGCCGUUGGGAUUGAGAUGAAGCUUGCGGAGCUGUACGCGAGCGAUUACAUGCAGGACGACAAGAAGGCGGAGGCGGCGCAGGUUGCAGCUGUGGAGCUGUGUCUGAAAGAGAUGAACCGGCGGCAGAGUCUGGGGCUCCCUGUUGGUGGGGGGUCGGAGGAGGCGUGGUUGAAUGUUACGGAAAUUGCGACAGCGUUGUCGGAUCUUGCGGGACGGUAUACCGAGAGCGAGAAGUAUGAGCUUGCUAUGCCGCUUUAUUUGCGCGCGUUGGACCUCCUGCGGGUUGAGGAGGGGGAGGCGCCGUCGUGUAAACAGGUUGUGCUGCUGAAUGAUGUUGCGAGUGCCAUGGCUGGGCAGGCGCAGAGUCCGAUACGCGCGCCGGAUCCGGCGAAGGCGAGGGAGCAGCUUGUUGAUGCGGCUAGGCAGUGGGCACAGAAGUCGAUUGAUAUGGCUGCUAGGAUUCAGCCCCCCGUUCGGGACCAGGACUGUGAUACUUCUUGCGUUGCGGCUACGUAUAAUCUUGGGGAGUUGGCGGAAUUUCAGGGGAAGGGGAAGGAGGCUGAGAGGCUUUACAGGGAGGCCAAGUCGUUGGCGGAGGGCCUGGGUUUUGAAGAGGGCGUCGCUAUGACCGAUAGCGCGUUGAAGAGGGUCACAAAGAAAUGAACGGAGACCUCUUACUAUGGAGGAUGACUUGUAUCAUAUGAUAUAGCCAGGAUGUGUAUGUAUUAGACGGAUAGGAACAGACCAACGGGAUAUGAAC